CGUUCAUCGACUACAUGCCCUUUUAUAUUUACAGGGUUAAGAACAGGCGAAGUUUGUACGGAGUGAGAAUCUGACUAGGUGGGGGUGCAAGUAUGUUACCAGAUAAAGACGGGCCAAGCAAUAUGGGCGGUGGGACCCAGGGCACUGAUGGAAAAGAAGACCCCUCUGUGACACUCUUUCGAGAGUACCUACGACUAAAGACAGUUCACCCGCAGCCUGACUAUGAUGCAGCUCUAGGGUUCCUUGAUCGCAUCGCCAGUGAGCUAGGCCUUCCCAUGAAGAAAGUGGAGGUGUGCCCUGGCAGGGUCGUUGCCAUCAUGACCUGGGUCGGCACCAAUCCCGCCCUGCGGUCCAUCCUGCUGAACUCCCACACAGACGUGGUUCCUGUGUAUCCGGAGCAUUGGAAGUACGACGCAUUUGCUGCUGUCAAGGACUCAGAGGGCAACAUAUAUGCAAGAGGGACACAGGAUAUGAAGUCUGUCACCAUACAGUACAUUGAGGCCAUCCGGAGACUGAAAGCUGAAGGGAAGAGGUUUGCUCGCACCAUUCAUUUGAUGUUUGUCCCAGAUGAAGAAGUAGGUGGCCACAAAGGAAUGGAGACUUUCAUAAAGCACCCCGAGUUCAAGCAGCUCAACAUCGGCUUUGCACUUGAUGAAGGUCUGGCUAACCCUGGAGAAGCAUAUACUGUGUUUUAUGGAGAGCGGAGCCCCUGGUGGAUCACGGUCCACUGCCCGGGCAGUCCUGGUCACGGCUCCAGAUUUGUGGAGAACACUGCCGCAGAGAAGCUGCGAAAGAUCAUCAAUUCCUUCCUGGACUUUAGAGAGAAAGAGAAGCAUAGGUUGGACAUCAGUGAGUGCUUCACAUUGGGUGACGUCACCACUGUGAACAUGACAAUGGUGAACGGAGGAGUGGCCUACAACGUCAUCCCUGCUGAGAUGGACGUCAGCUUUGACAUGAGGAUUCCACCAACGGUCAACCUUCAGGAGUUUGAAGAACAGAUAAAACGGUGGUGUCAGGAGGCAGGUGAAGGCAUCACAUAUAAGUUUGCCCAGAAACACAUGGACCAGAACACAACGUCUACUGAGGACACUGACCCAUGGUGGAACACCUUCAGCUCCACUUGCAAAAGCAUGAACAUGACUCUGACGAAGGAGAUCUUUCCUGCUGCCACCGACAGCCGUUUUAUCCGAGCUGUGGGUCUGCCAGCUAUCGGCUUCUCACCAAUGAACCACACGCCCAUCCUGCUGCACGACCACAACGAGCACCUGAACGAGCAGGUGUUCCUGAGGGGCAUCCAGGUGUACGAGAGACUGGUGCCAGCCCUGGCCAGCGUGCCUGCUCUUCUUGGGGAAGCUUGAGACACUGUCCUGGCAUUGUGCCCCCCCCCCCCCCCACCCCACCCCCUUUGCCACUCUUCCCCUCCCCUCCCCUCUUCUCCUUCCUCCCUGCUGUCUUGUCUGCUCUAGUCUCCUGCACAGGUCAGCAGCAGCUGCAUCAGCACCACCAGACCAGUGCCGUGUAGGAUGCUGUGUAGUCCUCAUGUGUGAUGGAGAGGCCAUCAUGAACACCUGUACUCACCUCGCUUGUUCUCACACCUGCUUGGCUUCAUGUCAUGACUCUGCAGACCUAAAUGGCCUCUCUCAGCUCUCUCCCUUUAUUCCCUCCCCCUCUCCACCUCUCCUCCUCUCCUCCUCUCCUUCUCUCCUCCUCUCUCUUUCCUGCUCUCUUCUGCCUUCCGUAGCAGGAAGCAAUUCAGCAACUUAAUUAUUCUCCAGUUCUACCACUUCUGACUGCGAUGUUGCACAUACUCAAAUCUAAGUUUAUAAAGUUAAUCUUCAGCAGAGUUCUGAUUACACCAAAGGCUAACUUUAAUGCGGGGGGCGGGGUGGGGGAUGGGAUCAUAUAUGGCAUUGCAUUGCAUACUUAUUCAGUUGUUUUAAUCAAUUAUCUCAGGAGUUCUUUUGGCACUAAAGGUUUUACUGAGCAGUUAAAGAGUGUCUUAUCUGCUAAAACAGUGGAGAAAGAAUUUAUUCAUAUGGAAUCUUAAUAUGUAAUACAGGGAUGAAUCAAGGUGCUCAUUAAAUGCUGCUAGACUCCAUUUUUAUCUCAUAUCACCUCUCCUCUCCACCCUCACCCAUCUCAUCUCAGAUUCUCAUAAUCACUUGGGAGUUUGUAGAUCUCCUAGGUAAGGCAAGUUUAUUUAUAUAACACAUUUCAUACACAAGGGUAAUAAAAUAAAAACUAGAAACA